AAGUCGUUUUAUCAUCUCCAUUUUACUCCAAAAACAAGAAUCCGAAUCAGGAUCAGGAUCAAUGUCCUUCUAAAGCGAUACCAAAAACUUACAAAUGUAGAGUCUAUAAUCAAGUCGCGUCUGCGACCAAUGAGUGCGAUUCACAAGCUAUUUGUGCUAUACAUUCUGAUGUUGCUGGGCAAGCUUACUUAGUGCAAUGUCAAAGUUCAUCUCCUGCGUGCAACGCUGGUCUUUAUCCAGCGCCAGUUUUAUCAUUUAAAUGUGGCCCAGUUGUGCCAGGUGAACCAAAAACAACAUGUGAACUUAGUUGCAAUACCUGUUUUACUAAUCCUGAUAGUGCAAGUAAUCCAAAUUCAAUACUCUGUAUUGUCUGUGGACCACUGUCACAAUUAUUUAUUAAGAAAGCCAGUAUUAUGUUUAAUACUGUCUCGAAAGAAGUGGCUUUCGUGCACAUUACUUUGGAGAUCGAAUCAGUUAUUAACGUCCACUCCUUGAUGGGAUGUUUUAUUG